AGAGACAGACAGAGAGAGCGAAAGCAAGAGAGAUGAAGCAAGACCGACAGAGUGAGAAGCAGAUAUGGGGCGUUUAUUAGAGUGAGAUAACGGAGAAAGAUAAUCCUACCCCUGUCCAGCACUCUAAAAUGUGCUAGAAGGAGAGCGAUCCUCAGUGUAGUUUACCGCUUCCCACAGCAGAGGCGGUGGAGCGAAAGCCUUGCGUCGGAGUAGUGGGAUUAUCCCCUCUUUCUCGCAAUGGAACCUGAAUGAAAAACGUUGGACAGUUGUUUUAAACUCCAGUGCUUUCGCUUACAAUUCUUGCCAAAUCGCAUCCUGCUAUGUUAUUCUCCUUUUAUUUCAACUUCAUAUGUGGAUUCGGAGGGACAUUCUGAAAGGUAACCAACCUACGGCGCAACAGCUGCUCUACAAGUAGUUAGCCCCAGGAAAAGCUCUUAUUUUUGUGGAUGCAGAAAUGUGCAUGGUCUUCCCCCACCCCUGCCUCUCUCCAGAUGGUGAGUGAGCUGAAGCCAAGCUGGUUGUGAAGGUGCUGGUGGACUUGUCCCUGUCCUCGCCCCAAGCCAGACUCACCAUGGCGUCGGGAGUAGCAGCGUGGCUGCCCUUCGCCCGCGCUGCUGCUAUUGGCUGGAUGCCUGUGGCCAACAUGCCCAUGCCCAUCGCCCCCACCGAGAAGAACAAACGCGCAGACGAGCUCAUCGUCCUCAAUGUAAGUGGACGCCGAUUUGAGACCUGGAGGAAUACGCUAGAUAGAUAUCCCGACACCUUACUGGGCAGUUCAGAGAAAGAGUUUUUCUACAAUGAGGAGACCAAAGAGUACUUUUUUGACCGAGACGCGGAUGUGUUCCGCGCUGUUCUCAACUUUUAUCGCACGGGCAAGCUGCAUUACCCCCGCUCCGAGUGCAUCACGUCCUACGACGAAGAGCUGUCCUUCUUCGGGAUCAUCCCUGAGAUCAUCGGAGACUGCUGCUACGAAGAGUACAAGGACCGUAGGCGUGAGAACCAAGAGAGACUGAUGGACGAUGACGAGGACAAGAAAGACGCCAAGCUUCCCAAUAUGACAUUCAGAGAGACCAUGUGGAGGGCCUUCGAGAACCCUCACACCUCCACCAUGGCCCUGGUGUUCUACUACGUCACCGGCUUCUUCAUCGCCAUCUCAGUCCUCACCAACGUGGUGGAGACGGUGCCUUGCGGUGCCACCCCUAACACCAAAGAGGUGACGUGUGGCGAUCGCUACACAGUAGCCUUCUUCUGCAUGGACACGGCCUGCGUCCUCAUCUUCACAGUAGAGUACCUCAUGAGACUGUUUGCUGCACCAAGCCGCUACCGCUUCAUGCGCAGCGUGAUGAGCAUCAUCGACGUGGUGGCCAUCUUGCCCUACUACAUUGGCUUGGUGAUGACAGACAACGAGGAUGUGAGCGGGGCCUUCGUGACGCUCCGGGUCUUCCGGGUCUUCCGUAUCUUCAAGUUCUCCCGUCACUCUCAAGGGCUGCGCAUCCUGGGGUACACGCUGAAGAGCUGCGCUUCAGAGCUGGGCUUCCUCCUCUUCUCCCUCACCAUGGCCAUUAUCAUCUUCGCUACCGUUAUGUUCUACGCCGAGAAAGGUUCCACGUCGAGCAAGUUCACCAGCAUCCCAGCCUCAUUCUGGUACACCAUCGUUACUAUGACGACACUUGGAUAUGGAGACAUGGUUCCUAAGACGAUUGCGGGGAAGAUAUUUGGUUCUAUCUGUUCUCUGAGCGGGGUGUUGGUCAUUGCCCUGCCUGUCCCAGUCAUUGUGUCCAACUUCAGCCGCAUCUACCACCAAAACCAGAGAGCUGACAAAAGACGGGCGCAGAAGAUGCAGAAAGCACGUCUGGCCAGGAUACGAAUAUCCAAGACAGGAAGCUCUAAUGCCUUCCUCCACAGCAAACGGAAUGGCCUCUUCAGCGAAGCCUUGGAGCUCACGCAACUUCCUUACAAGAUGAACCUUUCAGACCAGAGUUCCAUUGAGGAGGAGCAGCACCUGAGCAAGAACCAGUCCCUAUUAGAGAGCCAACACCACCACCUGCUGCAUUGUCUGGAGAAAACCACAAAUCAUGAGUUUGCAGAUGAGCUGUGUUAUGAGCAGAGCUACCUGGAGGGGGCACUCCAGAGCUAUCCGUCUCAAAGCCCCUCCCUCUCCAGCCAAGAAGGCAUGACGGGCACCUGCUGUACCCGCCACACCAAGAGGAACCACGCCCCUUUACCCAACUCCAGUAUUCCCACGUGCGCUCUCUCACACACACACCCUCAUCAUAACCUGCAGGAGCUCAGCACUAUCCACAUCCAGCCCCUCAACACCAGUCGCUCCAGUCUGAACAUGCGUGUGGACGAACCCGCGCGCCUCAACUGCCAGAGUGGCACGAUCACCACUGCGAUCAUCAGCAUUCCGACGCCCCCAGCAACCACUCCUGAGAGCGACGCCCGCCCUCCACCCCCAGGCCCCGCCCUUCAGAACGUUGUGAAGGUGUCUGCGCUGUGAGAGUAGAAGCGCAGCAGGACGCGCGGACAGACAGACAGAUAGGAUGGAUAGACAGACUCAUGCAGAUAGACAGAAGGACAGUGUGAAGGAUACGACAGACGAGCAGGCGAAUGCUCUGAAGGCCGAGUCCCAGACUGAAGACAUGGAGAUGGACUGCCUACUAGUGGAGAUCUACUGUAAUGACAUGGACUUCCUGUAGAAAUGGAGGAUGGAUUUUAGAUACAGUCUACUGUAGGUGUCUGGGCGCUUCUGUAUGUUUGAGUGUGCGUUUUGUGUGUGUUUGGUAGGUUAUAAGUGUGUGUGAGAGAGAAUGUGUGUUAGAGAAAAUAAAAAAGGUUUGAGUUUUUGGAGUGUAUGAAAGAGAAAGAGAAGCACUUGAUGGGUCGCUGGAGAGAUGUAGAGCAGUAAAGUCACAUGUCCCUGGGCACGCAGCACCUUUUUAUGGUUAGUGCUAUCCGGGAUCAUUGGGACAUCCCUACACUAAAACCUUAACCCUUACCUAACCCUAACCUUAACCCUUACCUUAAAAAUAACCUUCACCUAACCUUAACCCUUACCUUAACAAUAACACUUACUUAAUCCUAACCUUAACAAUAACCCUUACCUCACCCUAACCUUAACCAUUUUAAAUUUCAACUUCAAUGGGGGGUAUGGAUGUCCCAAGGAUCCCGGAUAGCAAGAACGACCUUUUUAUGGUUUGGAAGUGAGUUUGACAUUUGACCUGUCCGGUCUUUACAUCGUUACAGCAGGAAACAGUGAUCAUAUCAAAGAAAAGAACUUAGACAUAUUGAAAUCAUUAAAGGUUUCCUCUGGUUUGUUAUGUUAUUUAUGGCUUGAUUCAGUUUGAUCCACUUAUUCGUCGUCAUAGAUACAUGUCACUCACCAUCCAAAAUCUUUUUUUCCCUUCUUUUUUUUCUCCCCAGGUAUAAUUUAAUUUCCCAGUGAAAAGUCUUAACAGAUCAAACUAUGGUAGGUGUCUGUGUCAGAGAUACUAGUGGGUUUCUUAUAUUUGUGAACGUGUAUGUGUGUAUGCCUGUAUGAGCGUGUGUGAGUUUGAGGAGCUGUCUGUAGUUUAGCUCUUUCUGUAAGUGUCCAUGGCUCUGUAUAUGUGUGACUAGCUGCCACUCAUGGAAAGCUCCUGUACAUAUUUUUGUCCAAAAUUCUCAGCUGGAAGCCUUUUACACAAUAUGUGCCUGUUUCGUUUGAGUAAAUUCUUGAUUUUAUUUCUCUCUUUUUUUGUAGGUCGGAUUCCCUCCCUUUGCUUUCCUCUGGGCUCUAGUUGUAGAUAUUCAACAGACCUUUUAUGUAAACUUGCUUCAUUAUCCAACACCAAGACCAAAAAGGUUGUAUCUAAACUUAAACCACGUCUAACUAAAAGCACAAGGUGUUUGCUGAGAAUUUCUGACAGAGAUCUGUCCAGAGCCUGGGUUAUAUUGUGAAUAUUGUUAAUAGAAUAUUUUGUAAUAUUUUCCCAUUGUUUGGCAGAGCCAGUGAAGCUGUCCUCUCUCACUCUCUUUCUCUCUCGUUGUCGUCCUGUGUAUCUCUUUCUCUCUUGUUGUCGUCCUGUUGUAUCCUUUCCUCCGUUCCGUGUGAAGAACAGUAUGCUUUUGGUAGUUGUUUUUAGUCGUCAAUGUUUUCUCCCCAAACUCAGCUGGCAUUUUUCAAAGUUUUUGGGUGUCUGUAAUCUUCUAUGUGGAUAGAAACUUGGUGUUUGUACUUUUUCUGUGGCCUUCCAUGUUUUUCCCCUGGGACAUUCUAGGUCUUAAAUGUUUUAUUUUUUUCCUGGAGAACUUGAACCUGGGACAUCUGUUGUCAUGGUGACCACAGAGACAUGGAGGACUGGAUGACACCCACCGAUGGACCUAAACCAACCUUAACAUCUAACACUAGCCAUUUAUCUUCUUGGUUACAGGGUCUGAAAUGUCUCUUUACCAGACACUAGAGUUGGGCUCAGUUCAUUUCAGUAUAUUCAGACUGAAUUCAGACCCCAACCCUUCCAGAGAUACAGACACACAAAGGGGCAAUGCAGAGUAGAUCCAUGGCAUCUAUCUACGACAUGACACAGGACCUGUGAUUCAACCAAACCAAAAGGGUUCAACUAUGUUGGAUCAGGAAGUUAAUGGUAUUGUUUAUUUAGUGGAUGACCUGCAUUUGUAAGCACAGGUAUUGUUACUUUAGAGCUCGAUGAUGUAUUCUGUGACCAUAGCUCCCAGGAUCUAGGACCCAGUCGUUAUGGGAUAGAACAUUGCGAUCUUGCCCUCCUGUAGGGAAAACAACCUGUGGUUACCUACAGUGCAUUCAGAAAGUAUUCAGACCCCUUGACUUUCUAAAAAUGUUGUUACAGCCUUAUUCUAAAAUUGAAUAAAUAUAAAAUGUCCUCAUCAAUCUACACACAAUACCCCAUAACGACAAAGCGAAACCAGGUUUUUCUAAAUUUUUACAAAUGUAUUAAAAAUAAAAACCAGAAAUACCUUAUUUACAUAAGUAUUCAAGACCCUUUGACAUGAAUCUUGAAAUUGAGCUCAUGUGCAUCCGGUUUCCAUUGAUCAUCCUUGAGAUGUUUCUACAACUUGAUUAGAGUCCACUUGUGGUAAAUUCAAUUGAUUGGACAUGAUUUGGAAAGGCACACACCUGUCUAUCUAAGGUCCCACAGUUGACAGUGCAUGUCAGAGCAAAAACCCAAGCCAUGAGGUGGAAGGAAUUGUCCGUAGAGCUUUGAGACAGGAUUGUGUCGAGGCACAGAUCUGGUGAAGAGUACCAAAAAAUGUCUGCAGUAUUUGAAGAUCCCCAAGAACACAGUGCCCAUCAUUCUUAAAUAGAAUAAGUUUGGAACCACAAGACUCUUCCUAGAGCUGGCCACCCGGCAAAACUGAGCAAUCGGGGGAGAAGGGCCUUGGUCAGGGAGGUGAACAAGAACCCAAUGGUCACACUGACAGAGCUAAAUAGUUCUCUGUGGAGAUGGGAGAACCUUCCAGAAGGACAACCAUCUCUGCAGCACUCAACCAAUCAGGCCCUUAUGGUAGGGUGGCCAGACAGAAGUCACUCCUCAGUAAAGGGCACUUCAGCCCGCUUGGAGUUUGCCAAAAGCCCCUAAAGGACUCUCAGAUCAUGAGAAACAAAAUUAUAUGGUCUGAUGAAACCAAGAUUGAAAUUAGAGGCCUGAAUGCCAAGCGUCACGUCUGGAGGAAACCUGGCACCAUCCCUACAAUGAAGCAUGGUGGUGGAAGCAUCAUACUGUGGGGAUGUUUUUCAGCAGCAAGGACUGGGAGACGAGUCAGGAUCGAGGGAAAGAUAAACAGAGUAAAGUAUAGAGAGAUCCUUGAUGAAAACCUGCUCCAGAGCACUGAGGACCUCAGACUGGGGCAAAGGUUCACCUUAUUCGUCUGAAUACUUUCCGAAUGCAGUGUAAGUUACUCCAUUGGCUCACAACAAAAACUUGACCUUUUUCAAACGCAAUUUUCUUGUUGUCUGAUUGUUUAGUCAAUUACAAAACUACAUUUAAGAGAAGUACAACAUGUCUAAAGAUCACUUUCCAACAUGGCCUGCUCCCUAGCGUUCUCUCUACUUGGAAAACCAUAUUGAAGGCUUCCCUCAUGCCCCUUUUCAUGACAAUGCUAGCAGCCACUUGAGUGAGUGAGUGCUAGCUAUCUACUGACCGGAACAUUAAACUAGCCAAGACCAACAACACAAACAAACGGACUAUACAGCUACAAGCAGUUAGUGGAGUUACAAACGAAUGGUACUAAACAAGUUAAAUGUCUUACCUGUGAUUAAAUGUUUUCCAUACAUAGCCUACUUGGACUCCCAAGUCCCCAAAUAUCCCACACCGAAUAGCCUGAAGCCACAGGGCUCUUCUCACAGGCUCUUUCCUUAUGUGGGAGCAUUGCGAACCGUAGAUUGGGAUUUUUGACCUGACUACAUGUACAUUUUCAGCAUGUUUUGUUAUUUCUGUAUAACAAAUAUUUAACAACGAGGUUGCCAAUUUUACAAUAGGAAAUAAUCUAUAGGAAAUAAUAUUGGUUUUCCCCAAUUUGUGGGCCUGGUCGAGGGGAAAUCCGACUUGGGCUAUUAGUGUACGUGUAAUACACAGUCAGACGCUCUCUGAGCAAACAGAGAAACAAGCACAGCCAGGCAGGCACUUUUCCAAAGUGAAUUACAUCUUACUCACAGUUUCCAGGCCUGGUUGUAACACUAUUUGAAUUAGAUUGACAGAAAAGCGGAGACAACAGCAGUCUGUAAAAGUAGGUUCACGUUAUUGGGUUGAAAUAGAAAAGUGUUAUCACAAGUCCUGCAUACCAUGACUUAAAUCAAAUGAAAAGGCUGACUUUGCAGUCUAGCCGACCGUGACACUGUAGGGGGGGCAGUGAUCAAACACACAAUACUCCCCUAAAAAGUGUCAAAUCAUUCUUAUCUCUUCCCUAAUGAUUAACACUAAGGUCUGUUAUUGUGUCAGUCCUCUCUCUUCUUUUUUGUUUUCUUUUCCCUUAGCCAAUUUGUCUUUUCUUCGGCUCAGUCUCUCCAUCACUCUUUGCUUUCCCCUGACUCCUGUCGUUGUUGACACUAAUGCUGU